GAAACCAUAAUAACGAGCUUUAGGUUUCAAUAUCUCCACAAUUCCUUGUAGAUUUUACUUCAAUCUUGCAAUGUCAAUGGUUUCCACUACCAUCUUUUCUGCUUCAUCCUUAUGCUUCAAUUUCUCCACCAAAAUCCCACGACCCACCACUUUCUCUCGAUUUCCCAAUCUCUGUACCAAAUCUCUCACUGUUACGGCUUCAACAAUUGUCCAUUAUUCAACUGAUAAAUCAUCUGUUUCAUCAAAGACUAGCAGUUGGCAAUGGAAAUUCAGGGAUAAUUCUAUCAAAAUUCACUAUGAAGAGCAUGGAGAUGAAAGUAAUGGACCGAGCAAGAAUAUUCUCAUGAUGCCCACCAUUUCUGAUGUUAGCACUGUGGAAGAAUGGAGAUUGGUGGCUAAAGACAUCAUUCAACGAUCUGGGAAUGUUAAUUGGCGAGCCACCAUUGUUGAUUGGCCUGGUCUUGGUUAUUCUGAUCGGCCAAAGCUAGAAUACAAUGCAGAUAUCAUGGAAUCAUUUCUUGUUGACUUCAUUCUUGCACCAGAUAGUCCUAUAAGCUCCCUGGCGGAAGAUUUGGUCAUUGUUGGAGGAGGCCAUGCCGCCACUAUAGCCGUCCGUGCUGCUAAAAAGGGUUUGGUCAAACCAACCGCCAUUGCCGCUAUUGCUCCCACCUGGUCUGGUCCUCUUCCCAUUGUAUUCGGACGUGAUUCCAAAACAGAAUCGAGAUACGAACUCCUGAGAGAGACGUUAAGGGCGCCAGCUGUAGGUUGGAUGAUGUACAAUGUUCUAGUCAGUAACAAGAAAUCAAUCCAAUCCCAAUAUAAAUCCCAUGUGUACGCUGAUUCCACAAACGUGACACCAGGCAUGAUCGAGAGCAGAUACGAACUGACGAAACAGAAAGGCGCCCGAUAUGUCCCGGCUGCUUUUUUGACGGGUCUACUUGACCCGGUGAAAAGCCGUGAAGAAUUUAUCGAACUUUUCCAAGGGUUAGAAGGUAAAUUAGCAGUGUUGGUGGUAUCGACCUCGGGUGCACCAAAGAGAUCAAAAGCAGAAAUGGAAGCUCUUAGAGAAGCUAAAGGUGUAAGCAAAUAUGUUGAGGUUUCAGGUGCCCUUCUUCCACAUGAAGAAUACCCCAAUUUAGUUGCAAAUGAGAUUUAUAGUUUCUUGCAAGAUGUGAUAAUAUAAACCAAGGCUUUACUCAAAAGUCCCAAGAACAAAGUAUAGAUGGUUAUAUAUAUAUAUCAAAUUAUAUUACUUU